UCAUCCAUUAGCGGCAGAUUAAGAGCUCAAACUGUGUUUUCAUGCAGGAUCUGCAGAUGUGUGUAUGUGCGUCUGUGUGUCUACCUUCCAUGGACAGCAUUUGCGCUAAAUCGAUCCUCACGCUGUCAUAACUGUCCCAUCAAAGACCAAAGGAAAAAGAAGGCCUUCGUGACAAAGCCGAGGGCCCAGCCUGGCGCAGAUGCCUCUCCCGCAGGAGCCCAGCAUCCCGGGAGGAGCCUGGGGGGGCGAGUGGUCGGCGGAUGCCUUCAGGAAGCAGCUCCUGGAUGAGGUUCGACCAGAGGACGAUGCCUGGAAUAAUUCGUGGGAGCCCCGCGGCGCAGAGCUCCAAGAUCGCCCCGGGAGUAGGUCGCCGCCCCAGACCGCGCUGCCCCCAAGCCCCACCUCCUCCUUCGCUUCCGCCUCCCCUCCCAUAGAGUCAGCCGCGUCGCCCUCGUCAGGUCGCGAGAGUCGAGGCUCCGUCAAGAAAAGCUUCAAUCCGUUCGCCAAGAGCAGCCUGGACGAGUUCCUUUUAGGCCCGGAGAAAAUCCCGGUCAGUGAGAAGGAUAGAAUAUAUAUCGACGACGGCGAAAAUGGCCCGAGGUGGAGGGCGAACCCGACCGAGUUCACGUGUUCCGUCUCUUCGCCGAAAAAGGAGUCGAAAUUUCAUGGCAUGAAGAGUUUCAUUGCCUACACCAUUGUUCCUUCUUUCUCGAAAAAAUCGGUGUCAAGAAGGAGAUACAAACACUUCGAUUGGAUUCACGCUCAUUUAACCUUCAAGUUUCCCUUCGUGCCCAUUCCACCUCUGCCAGAGAAGCAGAUCUCAGGUCGCUUUGAGGAAGACUUCAUAGAGUACCGCAUGACGAUGUUGCAGUCUUGGGUGGAGCGCAUUUGCCGCCAUCCCGUGCUGUCACAGAGCGAGACUUUUCACCACUUCAUCACUUGCCCGAACGACGAGAAGAUGUGGAAGGCAGGCAAGAGGCGCGCCGAAAAUGACAGGCUAGUUGGAGCGAACAUCUUUCAGGCCAUCGAACGACCUCAUAAACCCUUGGAUAUUUUGCAUGUAGACGCCACAUUAGAUGGGUUUUCAACGUUCCUGGGUCGGCUGGACGAGUCGGUGCGGUUGGCUCAAAGCACAUGCCUCGACCAGGCUAAGAAGUAUCAGAUGGACUUCAAACGUGAACAUGAUAGGGUGUCAUUCUCUUUCUCUAAACUCAGCAAAGCAUUUGAAACCGAUCCUUACAAUGAUGGCUCAGAUCUAUCCCAGGCCCUUCAGGAUAUGAGCACUGCCUAUGAGGAAAUUGGCACUAUGUAUGAAAUGCAGCCAAAGCAUGACUGGGAUCCUCUGAGUAACCUUCUCUUCGAGUAUCGGGGGCUUAUAUACUCUUUCUCAGGUGUCACUUCAUUAUUGAAGGAUGUUCUAGCUAAGAGAAGAAAUGCCGAGAAGGAUGCCAAAGAAGGACGGCUGGAGUAUGAUCAGUUACCUCAAAUAAUCAACCAUUCUGACACAGUGGCAUAUGCGUUUGAAGCAGAGUUAGAUCACUUCCAGGCUGUUCGAAUGAAAGAUUUCAACAAGGCUAUUGCAUCAUUCUUGAAAGGUCAAAUUAGCUUCUACCAGAAGAUUAGUGACAGACUGGGUACAUCACUUCAGAAGUUCAUGUGAUAACAUAUUAACUUCAAUGAUGUGCGUAUAUUUGUCAUGAAUAAAUUUGAUAAUCUAUGUUCAUUUACACAUACACAUAAACAUACCUAUCAUUGAGCCAUGACUGGAAGAGAACUGGCUCUAAGGAGGACACUACUAUUAUUAUUGCAUUGAGUUAUGAACUACCUAGAGAGAGAUUAUGGCAUAUCAAAUGACAAUAAAUAGUGCAUUGCAGCAGACACAGACACACCCAUACCCUUACACUUUUGUACUUACAUAUAUACAUAUAUACACAUUAACUUACAUGUAUACAUACACAUACAUUUACACACACACACUCAAAAGUGCAUACUGACAUUUACAGGUACACUCAUGAUUUUGAGUCAUCACUUGUUUGUGCAUAUAAUUUUCUCUUGUCUUAGCUCCUAAAUGCAAGUUCUCUGAAGUGCUAAUCUUUGAUAACAUACUGAAUGUAGCCUGUUAUUUGAAGAAAUGGAGUUUAAGUAAUAAAACAGCUGGAAACUUUGUUGAAAGUUUAUCUUUAUCAGUAAAUGCUCUUCAGGAUACUAAUGUGAUUUUCUUUGCCACUAACUAGUGUAUCUGAUAGUUGCUCUGUACAAAAUACUGUGACAGAAUUACAGGAUAACUGAUUUUGUAUAAUUUUACUGGAUUGUCCACUCCUCUUUCUGCAUAAUGUUUUUUUGUAAUUACUUGGUAUAUGUCAGAAAUCCUUUAAAAUAUCAAUGAUCAUACUUUGUUUUGCUAGAAUAAUUGAAAUGUACUAUUUUUUAUGAAAACUUCAAUAAACAUUUAAAAACCA